UGCAAAUCUACGUCGACGGAAGCAUGGCAGGAGUGCGUGGAAAGAAAUCGCAAAGGCAAAAGCGUGCUAAUACGACAAGGCCCGGUCUUAAAAGGAAAAAGAAAGAAAAGAAAGUGAAGGUGUUAAAAUACCCAUGCUGUCAAUGGGAGUGCUCUUGGAUGGGCCAAACGUUACGUAAGAGCUGGGACCAAGAGAAAACACUGAAGCAGAAUCUUCAGAUUCUUGGUUUGGCUUUUGAUGCUAAUUCUGCUGUUCCUAUCCCAAAGUCAAAAACCAAGGGUUGUAAAGAUGAACAAGCAGAAGCCAUGGAAGUAGACCAAAAGGAACCAACAACAGUUGUUAAAGAAUUUGAGCAAAUGGCUGCUAAUGAAAGGAAAGGUGAAAGGCAUAUUUCUCCAGGUGAAGUGCAGUUUCUAUGGCAACUUAUUGGUGAUCAUGGCAACAACUACAAAAGUAUGGCGAGGGACAAAAGGAAUUAUUAUCAACAUACACCAAACCAACUAAAAAGAAAAUGUGAAGCACUCCUAAGAUCAAAACAGAAUUUCAGCGGAUACCCAAAAAAAAAUGGUUGAAAACAUACACCGUAAAUUACGAUGGCUCAACAAGAACUCUGUUCAAAGAAUGUCUGGAAAGUCGUCAAUUUUAAGUCAACUGCAAAGUUUUCGAGCAGAGUAUCUUCACUUGUCAAGAGCCUGGUAUAAUAUCAACCAAAGUAUUGUGACAGAGUUUGCUUCAUUAGUUUCUCAGUUUAAGAGGUUACCGUUAUAAAGGAAAUUAUAAUUUUGCGUCACGUGACCAAAAAUUUGAUUCCAUGGAAAUUCCUGUUACUCGCUCAAGAUACGGACUUUCGGAGCUGAUAACGGUGAAGCUGUUAGUCGCGAAAGCCGCCGGAAACAAGUGGUGAUGCUCCAAGAGAAGGGAUAUAAUGAAACAUUUAAAAAAAUACAAGGAAACCUCCUCGGGCUCCACUGCCUACAUGUUUGUCGAAUGCCGCCAAAACCAUCGUUAUUUUGUGUUUUACGGGCAACGUUUUUGACAGAAGAAAACCUCCUGUUAUGCAUUGUACCAAAAACGAUCCCUCAUGACUUUGUUGAUAACAGUCCUUACAUAUCGUUCAGUUGAAACAGUGAAAAACUAUGGGCUGGUUAUUUAAUCGAAGUCUAACGCACGCCGCGGUUUUAGACAAUCAAUGGACCUCGAGAUUCUUGAAAAAGAAGGAGUGAAGUUAAUGCUGCGGUAAAUUUUACAUUGCUAACCAUAAGCCUCCUUGAAAUUGUUUACAAAAAUUAACGUAACGGAUGGGUUUGGAGUAUUCUUGCCCAAAAGCGGUUAACCUUCUUUAAACACCGCCCCUUGAUUCUAUCACUGUUUCAAAUCCAUCAGUUUCGAAUUCAUCAUAUUUAAAGGGUGUUACUAGAGUUAAAAAAUUUAAUAAGAGUACAUUAAACAGGAUAAUUUCAACCGUUUCCGAUUC